ACAUGCAAAAGAGAUAUCGAACAGCAUAAAAUGAGGCAUGGUGUCGUCAGAGGCAUAGCACACUUGCCAUCUUCAGGUGCUGUCAUUAUCAAUCUUCUUAUUAUGAUAGCCUACCGCUGCCAUUCCUUGUCAUUUCAUGCGCAAGAUGUGGAGGAGGAGGGGGAGGACGAGGGGGAGGGCGAGGGGGAGGACGAGGGGGAGGAGGGGGAGGAGGGGGAGGAGAGGGAGGCGUAUGAAGACGAGGAGGAGGAUGAAGACGGGGACGAGGGCGAAGACGUCGAGGAGGAGGAGGAGGAGAAAGACGUAGCGAAGGAGGAGCAGGAGGACAGAGACGCAGAGGGGGAGGAGGAGGAGGAGGAGGAGGAGGACGACGACGAAGACGUGGAGGAGGAGGAGCGGGAGGAAGACGAAGCCGUGGAGGAGGAAGCGGAAAGAGGAGGAGAAAGGAGGGAGAAAACCAUGACGAGGAAACGACGACGAAACGACGACGACGACGACGACGAGGACGACGACGGUGUAGGAGAAAGACCAUAACGACGAAACGAAGAGGGAGAGAGAAAGAGAGACCUGCUUGCGCUGCUGCGUGCUGCGCUCCUCGCGCUGCCCUUACUGCGGCCGCUGUUAGCCAUGCUGCGCCUGCUCCACGUCUGCUCCUUGCAUGCUGUGUACGCCUCAUUGCCCUGCUUCUUCCUCGGCGAUGGCGGCAGACCGCACCGGGCAUGCACGCGUCCGAAUGUCACUGCCGACCUCACAGACGCAGGACUUCGAAAUCAAACCCCACUUCCACUUCCGGGGCGGCAAAACGCAGAAACCCCAUUCAAACGGGCACAUGAAAAAAACCGGAAAAAUAAAAGCCAGACCAACUG